UCUAUCUCUUCCUUACAGUGCUAUCUUGGAUCCUUGGAUUUUACACUGCUGUAUCUAAAUGGAGAAUGAAGCAUUUCAAAGCUUUCAUAACAAGCCGCUCUGGAGCAUUUGAAAUAGGUGUUCUUGGGUGCUCAUAAAAGAAAAGCAACAUUGAAGUUUACAUCUAUAAACAUAAAAGACUUUUUUUUUUGCUCACCAGGAUUUUUUUUAAUAUGCAGAAAAGGAAAUUACCCAGAAGGCUGUCCUCUUAAAAAUGGUAUUUGAAAAUGCAUCCUGGAAAUAACAACAAAGAAAGUACUUCCAAAUUAAAACACUGUCAACAGACGGUAAAUGACAUCUGUAUGGAAGAUUGAGAGGAAAAGAUGAUGAAAAGGAGACAAACGAAAAGAAAUUAUGCAGCAGAAACAGACACUAUCCUAACAAGUCCUGAAUUAAACAAGAAACAAAAAAACUAUUCCAAGAAGGGUGAAGACCUUUCUCGAGAUGAUCUUUUAUUUCUUCUGAGUGUGCUAGAGGGGGAGUUACAGGCUCAGGAUGAAGUGAUAGGAGUUUUAAAGGCUGAAAAAAUUAACUUGGCUUUACUAGAAGCACAAUAUGGCUUUGUUACUCCAAAAAAGGUCCUUGAGGCACUUCAGCGAGAUUCUAUACAAGCCAAAACUACAUUAUGGCAAGAGGAUAUCUAUGAAAAACCCAUGGGAGAGCUUGACAAAUUGGUUGAAAAGCAUAAAGAAACACAUAGACGGAUGCUUGAGCAGCUCCUGAUGGUAGAAAAAUCUCAUAGGCAAACUCUGUACGACCUUGAGGAUGAGAAGAGGAAACAUGCAGAAUACAUGGAGAAAAGUGAUGAAUUUACUAAUUUAUUAGAACAAGAACAAGAAAGAAAACCAGUACAAUCUUGGCUAAAUCACGGAGAUUGCAUUGCUGCAUGAAUGUUUCAACUCAUACUCCAUAAAUGUCCCCAGGAUGUGGCAGAAAGAAAAUCUAUUACUGAGAACUAAGUCCUAUAAUUUGCAGCAUUCAAGGCUUUCAAAAUACUGCAUAAAUCUACCAAUGUGAUCAGAAAAACGCAUUCUUAUUGAUGGACAUCAUCUGAUGUUUCAGUUUGCUUUUUUGCCUGUAAACUUCAAUUUUUUACAUUUUUGUGCAAGUAGAAAAUUUUCUACACUGCUCAAAAGGAUCCCAAAUUCUGUGACAUUAUACACUUCUGCUUGCCCUUUUGCCUUUAGAACAACACAGGUUAUUUUAACUUCUAUAUGAAUGUAAAUCCUUAAAGAACAAAAUAUAUACACAUUGAGAAAAAUUAAAUACAUGGGAUCCAUACUUUUUUGUUGUUGUUUAAACAAAACAACCACUUGAGCAGCUAGGUGUACCAAUUAUAUGGCUAAUAUUAGGGCAACUUUCUUUUCCUUGCCUUCCUAUUGCUAUAUGCCAGUCUCUUUUCUUACUAUUAUUUCCAAGUACCAUUUCAAACAUGUGUUGUCAUUUAAAUCUCAAGAAAGGUAUCUCUCAGCUAUCCCCUUUACAUUUGAUGAAAAGGCAGACUGAAUGGAGCCAUGGAGCAUGCCAUUAGUAGUUAUUCACUGUUCUGUUUUAACUUCUUUUGGCAACAAGGAUAUUUAAGGAUAAUGACGUCCAUGACUAAAAUGCAAAAAAUAAAACUUCUGA